AGUUGACUGGCAUUCUUUUGAAAGUCUAGGUAAGGAUAACUAACCAGUCUCCUAUUGAUGGAUUUCUAAGUUAUUUCUAAUCCUUCAUUAUUACUAACAAAUCCACCAUGAUGAUUCAUUUUAAAUUUUUUGUAUAUAUUUGCAAGCAGGUGAAUGUAUUCCUAGAUUGGGAAUUGUUGGGUCUGAGUGUAUGUAUUUAAAUUUUGAAAGGAGUUGUUGCCGGUUUAUGUUUCUAACACUGGAAUGCCUUUUUCGCCAUCUUCUCACCAGAGCUGUAUUUUCAAACUUUGAUUUCACUGAUAGGUAAAAUAUUAAAUCUCAUGGUUAGGCAGUCUAGUAGAAAAAUAAGUAAAAGCAUUUCCUGAAGAGGAUAUCCAAAUGACUAACCAAAUGAAAAGAUGUUUGAUCUCAUCAGUCUUUAGGGAAAUGCAUAUUAAAGCCACAGUGAGAUACUCUACCACCACAUAUUGGAGUGGUUAUGAAGCAUCAGGAACUUUCAAACACUAUGGAUGAGAAUGUAAAUUGGUACAAGCACACUGGGAAACAGUUUGGCACUGUCUUAAAAGUUGAAGGCUCAUAUACCCAUUACCCAACAGUUCCCCUCCUUGAGUAUGUACAUGCUUGCUUCAGGAGACAUGUGUUAGAAAGUUUGUAGCAUCCUUGUUCAUAAUAGCUCAAAACUGAAACUACUCGUAUGUCCCUCAACAGAAAACAGAUAAAUUACAAAUUCAUACACAGGAGUUCUAUUCAGCAAAAAAGAAAAAAAAAGAAUAUACCUAUCAACAUAGAUGGGUCUUAUAAACAACAUGAAAUGAGCAAGAGCAAUAUCACAAGAAUGUAUACAGUAAAAUUCUCUCAAUAUAAAGUUCAAAACCAGGCAAAACUAAACAUUGUUUAGGAUGCAUAUUUACAUGCAUGGUAAUUUUUUUAAUGAAUUGUCAUAAAAAUGUUUACAUGUAGGGAACAUUCCACCACGUUCUAUUACGUUCCAUUCCGUCAAAGGCUCCAUUCCCUUCCAAACCACUCAGGUACCCUCUGUUGCAUCACAUUACACCCCAUUCCACUCCAUUCCGCAACUUCCACCACAUUCUAUUGCAUUCCAUUCUGUCAUAGAAGGCUCCAUUCCCUUCCAAACCACUCAGGUACCCUCUACUGCAUCACAUUACACUCCGUUACACCCCAUUACAUGUAGGGAGAAGGGAAUAGAGUACCAUUUUAGGAUGCUGUAAGUAGUCGGUAUCUUGAAUGUCAUUUUAAUGGAUGUUUUAUAACUUGUAUGUUUGUAUUUACGAGUGUAAGAUUUUAUAGUUCAAAAGAAAUUAGAUCACUUAAUUUGCAUUUUAUAAAGUAUAAGUGAUGUUGAACAUCUUGAGCCAAUUUCGUUUAAUAUGUGAAUUGUUUAUGUUUCUGCAAAUUUUUUAUUGGAUUAUUGUUCAUUCUCUUGUUCAUCUAUAAGAAGUCUUUAUUAAAGAAAUCAGUUUAUUAUGUGAGUUACAGAUGUGUUCCCCAGAUUGUUACUUGUCUUUUAACGUUGUGCUUUUUUUUUGCCAGCAUAAACUGGAUUUUCUAACCUUGCUGAUACAUAGGCUAAUAAUAAGACAGUAGAUUUGAAACUUGCCUUAAUUUUUAAAACCACUGGACCACACAAUAUUUAUGUUGUUUAUUGCCUUGGGAAUGCUUUGGAUACACAGAGACCUCUCUGCUUUUAUCUUUUGGGGUUCCAUAUAAAAGAUAUUGAAUAAAGAGUGCCAGUGUUAAAAAAUUUGAAUUGUAGAAACUAUUGGCUUAAAAAGCUAACUACCUUUAAUUUUUUUUAUUAAAGUAUCAUUGAUAUACAAUCUUAUGAUGGUUUCACAUACACAAAACAGUAGUUCAGCAUUCACCCUUAUUACCGAGACCUCACCCCCUCCACUGCACUCACUGUCAAUGUAUAUAGUAAGAUGUUACAGAGUCAGUUGUAUUCUCCGGGCUGUACUACCAUCCCAGUGACCAACCUGUGUUGUAAUUGCAAAUUAUAGUGUGCCUUAAUGCCCUUCUCCCACCCCCCCCAACCCCUCUUCCCCUUGGUAACCACUAGUUCCUUCUCAGUAACCACCUCUAAUUUACACACAAAAAGGUUGAGGCUCUGGAAGACCGAGGGACUCAACUUUCUGAUGUCUACGGCCCAGAAGUGUACAGCUGUCAUUUCCAUAGCUCUUACAAGUACUUUGAAGUCUUCUGUUACUACAUUUUCUUUGGGACUUAAUCAUCAUUGAUCUCUAAUUAUUUACAAAAUGGACCUAGAGGCAUAAGAUAAUUGAAACCAAAACACAUUGGAGAAUUAAGAGGUUGGAAUCUAGCUCUUAAAUUUAGUUGCGUUUAAUAGUUGAAUUGUUAGUUGUGCUGGGAAAUUACCCAUUCCUUUUAGAUAUAUUCUGCUUUCUCUUAACUGGUUUCUUAUGUGUAUAACAACUUCUGCUUUCUACAACAUCACAUGCUUAAAAUUAUCCAAGUAUUAACAAAUAUUUUAUGCAUGGUAGGCAUUUUUAAUCUUUUCUUAUGAAUUAAAACAAUUAUAAGCUAAACAUACUGUUAAUAGUUGAUUCCAGUCAGAAAUCUAGGUUCAAGAGCAUUAUUGCUUGCCAGAUUCUAUAUUGCCAGCAACUUUAAUAUUGAUGUUCGUAGACUUAACAUGAAAUAGAAAUUUCUCCUUGUAAAAUAAAUGCUUCUUCCUUUGACCCUUAGUUUAGAGAAUCAAAAGCUGUGCUAGCCAUUAAUGAAUUUUAUUUUUGUUGUAGAGUUGUGUUCUGAUUUUGAAAUUGCACGUGUUCAUGCCCAUAAUAAAGUACUUUUGGUCUAAAUACUUAAAAAGAGCAGAGCUGGUUGUCUACUCACCUUACUUCAUACCACUUUAAACUGGGUAUGUUGUGUUUGCAAAUACUAGUCCAUGGUAAGAGCUUUAACAGUUGAACUUCACUAAGGAGUCAGGAGUUUUUAGUGAAAAUGUAAGAGGUGGGAUUCAGGAGCUCUGGGGUCUGGUGCCCAGCACUGCCUUACAUGACACAUAGGAGGGAGCGCUUUAGCUUUCUAGGUCCUAAUUUCCAAACCUGCAAAACAAGGAAAUUGGAUUUGAUGAAUUCUAAGGCCUCUGUGAAAUACAGUUUUUCCAGGAAAUGAAGAUAGUCUGUGUUGCAAGGUGGGAGAAAAGUGGACCUCAUUGUUAGUCAGGGACUCAAAGGUAAAUGACAGCCUCUGACAUUUUGGAGAGGACCAAGAAAUGAGCAGUAUCAUCUGCACCUGCAGUACUUGGGGCAGACCUGAUGAGGCGUGUAUCUUUCUUCUAAGGGAAUACAGAAUGACUGCAGACCACCCCCCAUAUGACCAGUUUGAUGGAAUAGCAGUGUUAUGACAAAAUAUGGCUGGCACUGAACUGCGGCUUUAUGAUUUUUGUUUACUUCCCACUUGACCUGUCCAGAGCCAAAUAAAUAGGGAUGACUCUUAAGUUCCCACAUUGAACACUUCUAAUCUGAAAAGGCAGAAUUUAGUGGAGAGCAGAAGACAUCUGAAGGAAGCUAUGAGGAUGAUAGAAAAGAAAAUGGUUGUCCAGUAAGAAAGAAAAGGCUAACUGAAGCUGGGCUCUGUGCUGGUCCUAAUGACUGGAUUCUUUGUGCACAUCAGGAUAUAGAGGGUCAUGGAGUAAAUCUGUGCACUAGUGGCCUUUCUGCACCUGCCAUGUUAGAUGUUAUUUGUGAAGAAAUGGAUCAGACAACUGCAGAACCACAGUGUGAAGUUGCCCGAAGGAGGCUUCAGGAAAUUGAAGACAGGAUAAUUGAUGAAGACGAAGAAGUUGAAGCUGACAGAAAUAUUAACCAUCUCCCCAGUCUUAUCCUUUCUGAUACGAUGAAGACUGGUUUGAAGAGAGAAUUUGAUGAAGUCUUUACAAAGAAAAUGAUUGAGUCCAUGAGCCGUCCUUCCAUGGAGCUUGUGCUCUGGAAACCUCUCCCUGAACUCCUUUCUGAUAAGCCAAAGCCACCAUCUAAUGAUAAGAACUAUGCAGGAGAGAGCCACACGAAACAUGCAGCUGCUGGCACUGCCUUCCCUCGGAGAACUGAACUGUUCUUAGAGCCUCGGCAAACAGGGAUGCCUGUUUACAGUAGUUUGGAGACAGCUGCUUGCACAGAAGAAGAGAUGGAACUCUAGAAACUAGUUUCUACACUAAAGUCAAAUCUUAGAAGGCUCAUUUAUUUCAUUGUGAGCCUACUUGUGUAGUAUAGGGACUUGAAAGUUUUGUGAAACGGGUGUAAUAAUAUCUCCACCUGUGAUCUGGGGUGGGACUGUCAUUUUGGGUAGCCAUUUCUUGAAUUCAACUUUUACCCAAGGAAGCUUGUCUCAAGGGAAAAGCAGUUUUCUAGGGGGUCUUACUAAGUGAGUGUGGGAUUAGUCUGCAAAGACAAGAAUAGAAGUUAUAUGUGAGAGGGUGACUUAAUCUGUCACACUAUCUAAACCAGACACUUGGAGGAUAUUCAGAGACUUGAGUUGAAAAGAUGAUUAAGAGAAGGAUGCUCCUACUACAACUGUACCUUGACAGUUGAGUCACAACUUACCUGUAGAUAUGAACUCUGUUUACAAUGGUGACUAUGACUGGGGAGAAGGAGGGAAGAAAGCAGUAGCUUAAGCCUAUUGCUAAAAAAUUUAACAGAGGCCCCGAAACUUAUGUCAUUAGUUGUCACUUCAGUGUAGCUAUGGUGAUUAAAUAGCCAGUAGCAUUGUGGCUCACCUUUUUGCCUCUGAAAAUGCAAUGAAAAUACAAAGAAAAGGUUUUUCCUUCAAGGCUUUUUUAGUCUUGUGCUUCUGUUGCUCCUUGAUUUCCCUUGCAUAAUUAGUAAGCCCAGUUAUUCAGUAAUGUUUACAGCUCAAUUUUGAAUGAUAGUUAAAAAGAUAGAUAAACUCAUGUGCAAAUUUGGCUAUGGGAAAAGCAUCCCUUAGGUAAUCUCGAGUUGAUGCUGUGUCAGCCCAGCAUUGAUAACUUCUGUACUUAAAAAAAAAAAAGGUGGUACCUGUAUAGGUUGAAUUUUUAAAUGUUAAUUUAGAAAACAGUGACUGAAUAGUUAACUGAGAUCAAAUGGGCAAAUGAAAUUGAGAUUUACUGAAAUAGCCAAUUUGCCUGGUGCUUCAGCUAGUGUACAGUAAGCCUAAAGGUUGGUAGACAGUAACUUCCUCCUAGCAGGGUAUCUUCAUCUUCAUAAACUAAACCAAGCUCAAGUUGUCCUUUGGGAAUAACCAGGAUUGAAGUUUUUCUCAGGAAGCACUUUUCUGUGUGUCAAGGACUCAGUAGUGCAAAAUAAAAUAACGGUUCCUUUAGUGCUCUGGAAUAUCCACUAUAACUUAAUGAGUAUAAUAGUGUAAUACUGGCCCUUUCAUCACACAAUAGGAGGCCACCCUAGUUCUUUUUGUUUUGUUUUCUGGGUUUCUUCCCUCUUUGUAGGAAUUAGAUAUCUUGUGUAGAAAAAAAUGGUUUAUGCCAAGUAGAGGUGACUUUUUAGAAACCGGCUCCCAGGAAUUUUUGAAACCUAUGGUGAAAUCCCUCCCCUUGUUACAGAUGGUAUAGAAGUAACAUGUCUGUUGAUUAGACUGUUUCUUCUCAUUUGCCUGUUGUUCUGCUUUCUCUAUUUCUGUCUGGAUAGUCAGGAAAAUAUUUAAUGUUUAAUAUUUAAACAAAAUAUUUAAUGUCUACACAGUAAAAUUACUCAAACUUCAAACCAGUAUUGAAACCAGUUGGAAACCAGCUAAUAGUUUAUUAAUCUCAGAUUUAGAGAUGAAUGUAAACUGUAUUCUUUUGAAAUGUGCAAGUAUUUGAUUCAUGCUAUUUGAAACACUCCUGCCUUUGGGUCAUUGUUUAAUGGGACCAACUUGUAAAGCUUGUAGCCUUAAAGAAAUCUCCGUGCUAAAAAAUUUGUUCCGGUACAACUCAGAAACAUGAAGUGACUGCCUGCAUGUGGAGUGAGUCCCAAUGUUGUGGUGAAAAGGGAGUAACAACUGUCCAAAGAAGGCCAGAACACAUUGAGAUUGUCGUCUAUAGCAAUUGUUGAACGGGCCUCUGAUCAAAAGGUCUGCACGAUGAAAAGGAGGAAAGAAGAGCUCCAAAACAAGGCUUUGAUAAUCACUGGCAAAUGUAGGAGAGAAUUAAGGUUCUGUUAAUUAAAAUCAAAACAGAACUUGUUUCAGGAGUCAAGUUAUCUGAUAAUGAUAAUUAUUUCUGCAGGAAAAUGGGUGUUUGAUGCUCCUUUUUAAACUUUUUCUUCUUGCGUAUGUUUAUAUACAAAUUGUCGUCUUCAUCCUUGUGGUGCUUAUUCAUCUGAGCGGUUUGCAUAGUUCCCCCGCCUCUGCUGUGCUUUUCUUCUGUAGUGCAAGGCUUUUGCUUUUGCCUUAAGGUUUCCCUAGGGAAUUAACAGGCCUUUUCAUUUUGUACAGCUUUUGAAGCAUGGAUCAAACAUUGGCUUACCAGGCUAAUGUGUGAAGAGAAAAAAUACCUAAAGCAGGUGAGCUUUAAUGAACAAAUGUGUAUUUUCUCUGAAGUUGAGUAGGGUGUGUGGGGGCUUUUUUUUUUAAAUUAAUAUGAAAGUAAGUCCAGUUCUCACAAAUAUUAAUCAAAUUUUUUGAAACUGCUACUCAUUUUCAAAGAGGUGCAAAUGUAAAAUUCAGAAAAAUAGAACCAUGAGAAGAAUGCUUACCAGCAGGUUCAUUAUUUUGGAUUUGAAACUUGGUUGUUUUUUAAUAGUAACAAGAAUGGUGCAGUACUAAAGUUCUGGAAGAUGCUGUCUGUUUUACUUUAAAGUGAGAAUCUGGUGUUUCUGUAUUGUUUUCAAUAAAACUUCCGAAGUGUUUUGGA